AUGGCGCUUCAACAACGCAUACCGACGGUCGAAGCCGCCGAUGUCUCUCCCGUGCAGACGUCGGCGUCACCUGCCAUCGCCGCCCUAAACUUCGCCGCGAGCUUUCACCGCGACGCCGAGGCGUGUCGCAACGCGCGCGACCGCGAACUCCUGUACGAGAACUACCGCGACAAGAUCCUCGCCAUCGAUACUUUUGCCGCCAACGUCGCCGCGGCCUUCCUGCCCUUUCUCCGUGUCGCCGCCAGUCGCAGGGAUUCCGAUGCCGGGCGCUGGGAGGAUUUUAACCGCCUCGCACGGCGGGGUAAGGCCACGCGCGACCGUGCAAGCCAGCACUUGCAGCAUCAAUCCGGCGUCAUCGCCGCCUGGGGACUCGAGUGUUUCCAACACUAUGGUUGGCAGGCCCUACCGCUGCCGCUACUCCGCCAGCUUCACGACUUGGCUGUGCUGAUGCCGCGCUGGGACGAUGUCGUCAACCUGCUCAACUCCAAGAUGCUCGCCCGCCACGAACUUCGCGUCCUACGCGGGAAGAAUAAUGCUCUCCGGGUCGGCGAGCACUCUGCCGCGUCCAAAGUGCAGGAUUCGCGCUCGCCCGUCGAACGCGCGGAUAUCCUGGCGGCCUUGGAAUGGGCUCGUCAAAAGCCACCUCGGCUGUCGCGCGCAAGCAACUCAAGAAGUCGACGCUGGUCAUCGGCGGGUCCCCCAUUAAGAAGUUUGGUCUGA